GACAAAAUCAGUUUUUGAGAAAACUUUAAUAUUAAAUUCCCUCCACCGGUCCUCAAGCAGCUCCUUCUUGAGAAUAAAAUAGUACCUAUAUGGCAGUUAGCGGCCCUUUAAAGGGGUGGCAGUUAGCGGUAUAGUAUAUGUGGCAGUUUUAACGACAUAUAACUCGUGGCAGUUAACGGCGUCUAAAGACGCGGCAGUUAGCGGCGUGUGUACAAAACCCACCUGGUUGAUAAGGUCUCUAAGUACAGACGUGUAUUAGAGUAAAAUAGGUCCGGACCGCUAGAAGGACUGCAAGAAUAGAGGAGGGCGAGAAUAAUUUUUGGGAACUAAAUUUCUGAGUCAAAGUCAAGUGAGAGAACAACAAAAUGGGAUCCCACUUAGCUAAAGAAUUAAAAUAUAACCCAAAAAUACACACUGCUCCAUUAUUUCAUGAGAUGAGUAGAAAUUAUGGCACAGAGAGUGUAAUGUAUGUUCCAAUUUGGAUUAGAUACUUUGGAUUUCCAGUAAAUGGCAGUCUUGGUGUUAAAUAUUUAGGGAGAUUCAAGCAGAGGAUACAGCAGCCGCCCAUGGGGUGUCCACGGGCAGUAACUAAUCAUUGGAAAAAGCAUAAGGAAAAUAUGUUAAGGGCAGCAGGGUUUUGGAUAGAGGAGGCAGAAAAACGGGAGAAAGAAAGGGAGGGGGGUGCAAUUAAACCCAUGUCUCAGUGUCUCUCAGCAGUGCUCGAUCCUGACCUGGACGCCGCCUGUCCCCGACGCCCACCACCUAACAACAAUCAAGUAGGCGCUCCAGCAGCUGAGGCACCACCACCACCAGCAGCUGAGAUACCACCACCACCGCCACCACCACCAGCGUAUGCAGGCCCAUUUCAACCCGGUCCAUAUGCAGAACUGAGGGAGAGGCUGGAUGAGAUGAUAGCCAACACAAGUUUGGGGACCAACGCCCCAGCAAGUUCCCCGGUGUCAAGCAACACAAGGCAAAAGAGGCCAGGGGGGGGGCAAACCAAUCUCCCUCCUGCAAAGCCCCAAAACACAGGGCGUUUGGACCAGUCAGAUGAUCUGAUUUUCGUAGGACCGAUGGUUGAAGUAGCAGGGCAUGAAGGGCCAAUGCUAGUUCACAGAUACUGGACUGAAAAGGACAUUUUGGAAGUUUCUACUGGAUUACCAGACCCACAACAAGUUGGAGGAAGGAAAUUCGGAAAUGAAUUUGAGAACUUUUGUAUUUCGUGCCGACCCACAGCCAACGAGAUAAAGCGCAUCCUGAUGAGAAAACUUGGAUCAAGUUACUGCAAGAUUGACAGAGGUUGGCCGCAGCAGGACAUCAGACUGGGUGAUGUUCAGUGGAAUCGAGAUCCUGCAGCAGACCCAGAUGUGAAUUUGGAGUACAGGAACAUGAUAAGAGACUUAAAAGAGCGUCUUGUUGCAGCUUUUCCCCUUCACGUCAACAUGGGAAAAAUCGCUGAAUGCAAACAGGAAGACGGAGAGACUGUGCAGGAUUAUAUGGUUCGUCUAACCAGAAUCCACACUGAUCAUAGUGGACUUGACGCUCCUGCAGCCAGAGCAGAAAAUGCUGAUGCGGUUUCUUCCUGGGAAGCACACUUGCGCAAUAGCUUCCUACUGGGACUGAAGCCAGAAUUGGCCAAUUCCAUCAAACAACACUGUAUUGGAUAUUAUCGACAACCUCUCAGCGUUAUUGAAGAUCAUGCCAGACACUAUGAGAUUCUCUUCAAAAAUCAAGAGAAGAAAAAGGAGAAGAAAAAGUCUGAAACGAUGGAUCAAGCUAUGUUAACGAUGGUACAGCAGGUAACGGAGCUAACUGUAAGCUCCCAGAGAGGAAAAGGAAGAGCACGAGGAAAAGGAAGAGGUAGAGGAAGAGGUGGACGAGGUGGACGAAGUGGAUUUGCUGGUAACGGGCCUGUAUUCCGACCACCAGCUCCUCAACAACAGCAACAAAACAGUCAAGAGGACGAAACUGAAGUGGAUUGGACAAACAGGUGAUAUGCCUGCAGAAGGGAAGGACACUUUGCUAGAGACUGUCCUGGAGAAGUUGACAGCAGUGCGUCAAACAAGUGACGGGCGGCGGAGAGGCAGGACGGCACAGGCGAGUCCACUGAGUCAUCGGACAGGGAAGUAGAUCUUUCUUUCUCUUACCUUAGUUUAGUGCAGCAAUUAACCAAUAAUCCUACAGCAAUGCCAAUGUUAAAUGUUGAAGUAUGUGGAAAGACAUUGAAAUUUAUGGUUGACAGCGGUGCUGGUUAUUCUGUAAUUAGGGCUGAGGAUUUGAAAUGUGAAACACAACCAGGAAAACAUACAGCAUUAAUUGGGGCAAUUUGCCAAAUUCCUAAGCCCACAACAAAGAAGCAACUGCUUUCCUUUUUAGGAAUGUGUUCAUACUGCCGCACUUUCAUUUCCUCCUAUGCAGAGCAGGAGGGCCCUCUCAGAGAUAUUAUUCCUACGAAAGGGGUUAGCACUGCAAAACUGCAGUGGACACAAGAGGCAGAAGAAGCAUUUAUACAGCUUAAGGUGGCUUUGCAAAAUAUGCCAGCAUUGGGCAUACCUGAUCCAACUAAACCUUUUGUUCAGAUGGUAGAUGCAAAAGGCAUCUAUAUGACUUCAGUGCUUACUCAAAAACAUGGAGAUAAGCUUCGCCCUGUUGCAUACUUCUCUUGUAAGCUGGACUCAGUGGCUCAGGGCCUGCCCACCUGCCUUAGAGCAGUGGCAGCAGCAGAAAAGGCACUAAUAGCUUCAAGAGACAUAGUGGCUUAUGCUCCACUUACAUUAAAGGUACCACAUGCAGUGCACAACAUUCUCCAAGAUCAGAGAGUUGCACAUCUAUCAGCCCAGAGAUGGCUGCGAUAUCACACUGCUUUACUUGACAUGCCUAAUGUUACAGUACAACGUUGUAGCACGCUCAAUCCUGCUUCCCUUCUCCCAACUCCAGAGGAUGGGGAGCCACACGACUGUCAGCUGUUGCUGCAGCACGCGUGCACACCACGAAUAGAUUUGCAAGAAGAGCCAUUGCACAAUGCGCAAAUGGAGCUCUUUGUUGAUGGCUCAGCAAGCAGAGAUAAGACAGGAACGAACAGAGUAGCAUACGCUGUAGUGUCAGCCACAGAGGUCUUGGACACUGGCGUUUUGCCCAGCUCUUACUCAGCACAGGCAGCUGAGCUAGUAGCCCUUACAAAAGCAUGUGAAUUGGCAAAAGGUCAAUCAUUAAAUGCGUACACUGACAGCAGGUACGCAUGGGGCGUGGCAAAUGAUUUUGGUUUUAUGUGGAAGCAGCGUAAUUUCCUGACAAGUUCAGGAACAAAGAUCAAACACCAUGAGCUGAUUAACAACUUGCUUUCUGCUCUUUUGCUUCCCUCACAGAUCGCAGUAAUCAAGUGUGCCGCACACACAUCCACAGGAGAUCCAGUGAGCAGGGGAAAUGCGUUUGCAGACAGCGUCGCUAAGCACACAGCUCAUAAUGCAAACAUCACAGCUGCACAAAUUUCUACACCAGAGCAGGAGAAACCUUCCUUAAUUGACAUUCAGUCAAUGGCAACACCAUUAGAAAAAAAAUUGUGGGCUAAAACUGAUUGUUACAAAGACAAUGGCAUUUGGAGACAGAAAUCCACCAACAGGCCGCUCCUGCCCAAACAAUAUGCUAAGGUUUUGAUCAAAAUUGUCCAUGGGAGGAGUCACAUGGCCAAGGGAGGGAUAGUAGAGCAGAUUUCCAGGUAUUGGUAUGCACCUGGACUCCACACACUUGCCCAAAAUUUUUGUUCUUCAUGUCUCAUCUGUGCUCAACACACACACAGACAUGCUGCACCACUCACACAGCAGCCAGCAGGUCAUCCACCUGCCACAGAACCAUUUCAACACUGGCAGAUAGACUUUGUAGAGCUAACUCCAGCUGAAGGAAAAAAGUUUCUCCUGGUCUGUGUUUGCAUGUUCAGUAAAUGGAUUGAAGCUUUCCCAACAGGUAAACAGGAUGGAGAAGCAGUGGCUAAAGCAUUUCUCAGAGAACUGAUCCCAAGAUUUGGUCUGCCAAAAAGGGUUUCUAGCGACAAUGGCACACCAUUUGUACACACAGGGCUCAAAAGUUUGACCAAAUAUUUGGGUAUUGACAUGCACAAGCAUUGUAGUUACCACCCCGCCUCAGCAGGGGCAGUAGAGAGAGCAAACGGCACCAUCAAAAAUGGAUUGGCAAAAAUUACACAGCAAACAGGUCUAAAUUGGGUCAAAUGUCUCCCUCUGGUCCUGUGGCAAAGCAGAACCAGGGUGCAAGCAAAAACAGGCCUAAGUGCAUUUGAGAUUGUUUUUGGCAGACCUCCCAAUGUAGGAGUGGGGCCCCCCCCACUGGAGGAUCAACUGUUAGACCACACACUUGUUGAAUACUGUAUCUCAUUGCAUGAUUCUCUUUUGUCUGCAUCUCGACAGGUAAAAGCUGUGCUACCUCAACCAGCUGACCAACCCUUCCAUAACCACAAGCCAGGAGACUGGGUGCUGAUCAAGGAUCUGCGGAGACGAAGGUGGAACCAGCAAAGGUGGACUGGACCUCAUCUUGUGCUCCUGACGACCCACACUGCGCUGAAGAUUGAAGGACGUGGAACCUGGGUUCAUCACACACACUGCAAGAAGGCCCCCACCAAACCUGAAGAAGAGGAAGCUCUGGUUGAUCAGUGAGUGGGUGUCUUAAGGUCUCAUGGCUGGUGGGACGAGUGCGAUUGGGCGUGCCCGCACUCUGAGCACUAAAGUGUCUACAUAGGCUAGGGGCACCCACCCUGAUAAACCAGUAUCACCAUGCUGUGGCUGUUAAUGGUGGUGACCCUCCUACCUGGGUCCCAUCAGUCCCUUCAGGACCGAGUGGAACAACAGUGCUUUGGAAACAAAGCAUGCAUGGCCACAGUAGCAGCAGCUGACGAGGUGUCUCCCAACAGAGAAUGUAUUGUCUGCCAUAAGCUUGCUGUCCCCUGGAUACCAACUCCUUUAAACAAUGUGACCGCUGCUACAUUGCUGAAGGAUCCAGCAGACUGUGCUCUAGACAGGCAGAUGGCAUUUAUGCUAAAUGUAUCAGCCCAUUUCGCAGCCACGAAACAAAGCCCUCCAUAUAAUGGAAAUGUGACUGCUAUGUUUCAGAUGAUGCCCCAAUGUAACAUGACCCACCCCGGACCAAGAUAUGAGCCAAAAUUUGCGAACAUGUCUUUCACCACGGUGCCCCCUCUCAAUGCAUCCACCUGCAUGUGCUCAUCUGGAAUAAGAGGAGGGCCUCGUUUAGGGUACACUGACUGUAAAGUUAACAUCACCUUCUAUGAUAGCUUAGGCUUCAACUGUUCAAUAUCGGAUG